AUGGGUGUGAAAAAUCGAAAGAAGCACACUAAAAAUACUCCAGAACCCCAAAAAACGAAUCACAUAACUCCACAUGAGUCCUUACGGCGAGAUUCGAAGAAAACUAAAAAAUCUUGGAGGGAUUCACGUCGAACCGUAUUUUCACUGGGAGCCAUUGUGGGCUUGCUCAUUGCACUGUAUUUUGGUGGAUUCAGUGGGAAAACUAAUACGGCUUUAUUCGACAAUUUGGUGAACUUCGAGUUUUUACAAGAAUAUAUGGAAGAUUGGCGCGAAGUCAUCCCACAGAGUAUUUCGUCGCUGAUUUCAGAUUUCCAGCAACGAAACUUACAAACGACACCUCCGACAAGCCUGACAGAGAGUUUUGCCGUAGGCAAGCAAUUGCGACGCGAAAUGAAUUUGACGAGCAAACAUCCAGUGAUAAUGGUACCAGGCGUCGUUUCGACAGGGAUUGAGAGUUGGGGCGUGUACGGUGACGAAGAAUGUCCCAGCGAGCCGCAUUUCCGUAAAAGAUUAUGGGGGUCGUUCUACAUGCUGAAAUCGAUGGUAUUGGAUAAAGUGUGUUGGCUACGGCAUGUCAUGUUAGACCCCGAGACUGGGCUGGAUCCGCCAAAUUUCACGUUGCGCGCGGCUCAAGGCUUCGAAGCAUCGGAUUUCUUCAUGGCUGGGUACUGGAUCUGGAACAAAGUGUUACAAAAUUUAGGCGCCAUCGGGUACGAGCCCACUAAAAUGAGUACUGCGGCGUACGAUUGGCGUCUGGCGUAUUUGGACCUGGAACGGCGCGACGGGUAUUUUUCAAAGCUACGGCAACAGAUAGAGGAAUACCACUCGAUGACUGGCGAAAAAUGCGUGCUGGUAGGCCAUUCGAUGGGAUCUCAGAUCAUAUUUUAUUUUCUCAAAUGGAUCGAGGCAGAGGGCCCGCUGUACGGCAAUGGAGGUCAGGGUUGGGUCGAAAAGCACAUUGGGGCAUUUGUCAACGUAGCUGGCACGUUGUUGGGCGCCCCCAAAGCCGUUCCCGCGCUUAUAAGCGGUGAAAUGAAGGAUACCAUCCAGCUCAACGCGCUGGCCAUGUACGGGCUCGAGAAGUUCUUCAGCCGCAAAGAACGGCUGGACAUGAUCCAGACUUGGGGAGGCGUGCCCUCGAUGCUGCCCAAGGGUGGCUCUCUCAUCUGGGGGGACAUGCAGGCGUCCGCUGAGGACGCUCUGCACAACAACACCGACACGUUUGGCAACUUCAUCAGGUUUGAAAGGCAGACGGGACCUUUUUCGCGCCGUAACUUGACCAUGGAGGAUUCUAUUGCAUUGAUGCUCGAGUUGGCGCCUUCAUGGCUGCGUGACCGUGUUCACGACCAGUACUCGUUCGGAUACGCGCGCACCGGCCAAGAAUUGCGCGAGAACGAGCUACACCAUUCCCAUUGGUCGAACCCACUGGAGGUCCCAUUACCAGACGCUCCCAGUCUUAAGAUCUAUUGUUUUUACGGUGUCGGAAAUCCAACGGAGCGUGCUUACGUCUAUAAAGAGGAUAAAGAUCAUCCAGAUCUUAAUUUUACCAUAGAUUACGAGACUUCUCAACCCGUUUUUUUCACAGAGGGCGACGGUACCGUGCCCAUAGUAACACAUGCAAUGUGUCACAAAUGGGCCCAGGGUCAAACUCCUUACAACCCGGCAAACUCCUCUGUCACCGUGGUAGAAAUCAGGCAUCAACCGGACCGUUUCGACAUUCGCGGUGGUGCCAAAAGCGCCGAGCACGUUGACAUUUUGGGCAGCGCUGAACUCAACGAAUACAUACUCAGAAUCGCAGGUGGCUUCGGAGACACUAUAGAGCCUCGUCUCAUCUCCAACAUGACUCAAUGGGUCCGAGAGAUGCCCUUCCCCAUGUAA